UUCCCGAGCUGUUGGUUUCAAUUCAAUGUCUCGUUUUCUCGACCCAUCUCUCUCUCUUCCUCUUUGUUGGGAAUUUUCCUUUUUCUUUUUAAUUUUUCCAAUUGUUUUUCUUGCUUGGUUUACAAGUCUAUUUUAUUAUUCCAAAAUUUGAUUCUAAGAUCCCAUAUUCUUCAAUGAGAAGCUCUCUCAUCGCUCCUCUCUGCUUCCAUAAAACGCCAUUUCCUUGUAUAUCUCUUCUCCCUCUUCUUUCUGUUUUUCUUCUCUACGCCACCACCUUGGCUUCCAUAAAUGUAUUUCUUCACUGAGAAAAUGCAGCGUUUGAAGAUGGGGUUUCCUGACUACAUCCAGGCAUUGGAAGAAGAACGCCGUAAGAUUCAGGUCUUCUGCAAAGAGCUUCCUCUUUCCUUGGAGCUAGUUACUCAAGCCAUUGAAGCUUGCAGACAACAAUUGUCUGGCACCACUAGCGAGUAUAAUUUGAACGGUCAAUCGGAGUGUUCGGAGCGGACAACAUCAUCAGAGGGACCAGUCUUGGAGGAGUUCAUUCCAAUCAAGAAAAGGGCAUCAUCAUCCCCUUGUUGCGAUGAAGAUGACGAAGACAACGAACAGCAUUCUCUCAGGCAAAGGGUUUUAAAUGAGAAUAAUAAGAACAGUGAUAAGAGGAAAUCCGACUGGCUCAGAUCUGUUCAGCUGUGGAAUCCAGAUCCCCCAGCUGAGGAGGAUGCGACUAGGAAAGUUCCUGGGAUAGAAUUGAAGAGAAGUGGAUGUGGUGGAGGUGCUUUCCAGCCAUUCCACAAGGAAGAAAAAGCUGCAAAGGCAACUGAAUCGUCGUGUAAAGCACCCUCUUUAACCCUGGUAGCUGCUGCGAGUUCUAGCGCCGGAGAACUCACCCCAGAAAAAAAUCAGAGUGAGGGACAGAGAAAGCAGCGCAGGUGCUGGUCUCAGGACUUGCACAAGCGCUUCUUGCAUGCCCUUCAGCAGCUUGGGGGUGCAGAUUCUGCCACACCAAAACAAAUCAGAGAGCUAAUGAAUGUUGAUGGCCUCACAAAUGAUGAAGUCAAAAGCCAUUUACAGAAAUACCGUUUGCACACGAGAAGGCCAAGUCCCUUGGUUCACAACAGUUCCAGUCAACAAGCAGCGCCUUUUGUCCUUGUUGGGAACAUUUUUGUUCAGUCACCAGAAUAUGCAGCUGUAGCUACCUCAACAGCAUCAAGAGAAGUGAACACAGUUCCAGCACCUGCUGGGGUUUAUGCACCAGUGGCCACACACCCUACGCCUGUUUCACAACCAUCAGCUGAUUCAAUUAAGAAGCCACAGUUUAAGAAAUUUAAGCAUUCUGAGCAUUCAAAUUCAGAUGAAAGGGCUCAUCACAGUGAAGGAGCUGUUCAUUCAAAUUCCCCUACCUCAUCCUCCUCUACACACACCUCUGCUUCCCCUGGUUAUUAAGUUUUAAAAUGUUGCACAAGUUUUGUUACUGUAGAAAGUCCUUUGAUAUUUCCUUCUGACGUUUUUUUGUACUAAAAUGAUAUUUACUCCUGUUAUAUGGUAUUUAAAAUCAGAGGUAAAAUACACAGAGUGACAGUUUUGAUGUUAAAUAAGUCCACCCCACCCUCAUAGCUGGCCACCAUGUUAUCUCCUUGCACAGAAGGUGAACUGAAAUUUCAAAUUUGAAAUUUGGAAGCAUGAUCAAUGUUUCAAUUGGUACUUGUUGAGAUUGUGACUGGUUAAAAGUUACUAGUCUGACUUAGUCAUACUCCUUCCACAUUGAGCAAAUUCUUAAUCACACCUAUGUACUUGUGUUGGUGAUGCGUGAUUUUAGUGGUCCACCUGGGCAUCUACAUUGCUUUAGUUGUUUGGUUGUGGUUAGAAUUAAUGGAUUAUAGUUGUAGCAUGAUUAUUCCUAAGGUGGAUCUAAGAAUAUCCAAUGGAAUAUGCAAUGAACAUUACCUACACAGGACAAAAAGAGAUGCAGACAUGUGUCAGUUGUGAAAGUGCCAAAUUCAGCAUCUGUGAAUUACUAUAUUGCUAAAGACCUUCCUUAAUUAAAAAACGCUCUUUUAUGAUAUUAA